CUGAGAACAACGGAUCCAUUUUAAUUAAUGUUUUGAAGGGUCGGCAGAUUGAUUAAAGUAUUGUUUUGUACGAAACACAAUUUCUCCUGGUGUGCACAUCUUGACACCCAUCGGCUGGUCUCUCGCGUCGCACUUUGAACACGCCGUCUCCCUCCGGCGGUGAGUCUGAUCACAGUGGCCGGUCCAGUCCACCCUUCUGCUCUCCGAUCGGUGUACCCCUCCCCUCCUUUACUCUCCAUCCGUGCUCUCUCUCCCCCUCUCUGCCCGGUACAUACAUCAGUAUGUCUUUAGCACUGGUAGCGCUAUACACCCCCUGAACGGAGACGGAGCUCGUUUAGUAUUCCGCGCACAAGGCGGCGAGAGAGAGAACGCGCGCGAGAGAGAGGGAGGGGAGAAGGAGUGGAAUAAGGAGAAAAAAACGAGGGUGAGAAGACAAGAAAAAACACAGCGAGAGAGAAGAGGAAAGAGGAAGAGGGGAGCGGAGAGAUACCUUAUUGUUCAUUUCUCCCUCUCAGUCUACGCCUCCGUGCCAUCAUCCUCAUUCCAGGCAACUAGCUGGAGUCACCUCGAGAUUCUCCUCAAAUGGAACAACGGCCCUCCGUCAACAUUAAAGCUUGACUCGCACGACUGGAAAACCACUGCGUCUCCCGGAGGUCCCACUGGAACUACGUGACCCAGAAUUCCACUCUCUUUGCUGAUGCUGUUCUGUGAAGAAGACUUCAUAAUAGGCCACCCCCAGACCAUCUCCUCUAUUAGUGUUUGGAGACUGUGAGAUUGUGGGAGGCCAAAGUAAAUAUAGUGCCACCUUGGACUGGCAGACGGAUAUGCCAGACAUUCUGGAGGGAUCUGGCACUAUCAUCCAUCAUGAGAAGGACUCUUCAGCUGACCUGUAGCCAUACUUAUUUAAAAACCUUUCCCCAGAAACCAAUGACUAUAUUGUAAGGGGUGAGUGUGGCCUACCAAUUAAUGGGCGCAUCAGUCACAGAUGGCUUCUGUUUAACCUAGGCCCAGACAUCUGUGCCUGACAGAACCCUCCAUACUCCAAUCCUGAUCGGCUUUGCCUCACAGCUCCCCUUCACUGAUUGGUCCCACCAAAAAGAAAGUGGCCAGACCCUUCCCACUCAGGCACCGUCUAAUUGGUGUUGGGGGGUAGUAGGGGGCCUGCGCUGCGCCGAGCUGAGGAAUCGGAUUGGCCGUCUCUGUUUGCGGGUGGGCUGGGGAGUGAGAUGCGGAUUGGAGGAUGUCGGGGGACUGGGAUGAAGACAUGUGCAGGAAGGUGCUGGUGUUGGUGGAGGAGCUGUGCUUCAAGUCCCCCGAGGGGCACAGCCAGAGCGAACCCUGCCAGGAGUUCUACUACAUCAUGAGGGGCGGCAACCGGCACCAGGACUCGGACAUCUCGGUGAGCCUCCUCUCGGUCAUCGUGACCUUCUGCGGCAUCGUCCUGCUCUCCGUCUCGCUCUUCGUCUCCUGGAAGCUCUGCUGGUUGCCGUGGCGCGACAACGGCGGGUUGAGCCUGACGGCGGGCCUGCUGCCAGGCGGCACCGGGGCCGGCGGCCUGGGCUGUGGUGGCGGCGGCUCCUCACUGCUGCCGCCGCUCCUGCAGCGCAAGGACACACACUCGUCCUCCUCGCUCUACCCGUCCCUGUCGCAGCCGGCCCAGCACCACCCGCACUUCUCCGACCUGAUGGGGGUGGAGACCAGCGGCGGCGUUGGAGGUGGCGUAGGUGGCCCGGGUGGAGGGUUGGUGGUGGGGGGAGUGAUUGGUGGGCCUCAGGAGACCCAGGAGAGCUCCUACCUGGAUAUGGACUCCUAUCCCAACAACGCCGCGACUCUGAAGUUGAGCACCACGUCUCCAGAGCUGCCCCCUGUGUCUGAAGGCGCCCAGCCUCAGAAGGACCUGCCCAAUGCCCACUCUCAGCAGCAGGUCACCACCAGGCCCAAGCCCAUGACUCACCAGCUCUCCAGCCCCGAUUUCCAUGGCGAGGAGAAGAGCGAGCAGGUGACCAGCAUUGGCCAGAUCAAACCGGAACUCUACAGGAUGCGCCAGGGCGACCAGGGCGACGGCAAGCAGGGGGACAACUGCGGCAAAAUUAGCUUCCUCCUCCGCUACGCCUUCAACACGGAGCAGCUGGUGGUGAAAAUCCUGAAAGCUCUGGACCUGCCGGCAAAGGACGCCAAUGGCUUCUCCGACCCCUACGUGAAGAUUUACCUGCUGCCAGACAGGAAGAAGAAAUUCCAGACCAAGGUCCACAGAAAGACCCUGAAUCCGAUCUUUAACGAGACAUUCCAGUUCGGGGUGCCGCUGGCUGAGCUGCACGCCAGGAAGCUGCACUUCUCCGUCUAUGACUUUGACCGCUUCUCCCGCCAUGACCUCAUCGGCCAGGUCGUCGUGGACAACCUGCUGGACUUUAGUGAGGGCAGCGGGGACAAGCCCAUCUGGAGGGAUAUUGUGGAGGGGACGGCGGAGAAAGCGGACCUGGGCGAGCUGAACUUCUCACUGUGCUACCUGCCGACUGCCGGCAGGCUCACUGCCACCAUCAUCAAAGCCACCAACCUCAAAGCCAUGGACCUCACUGGCUUCUCGGACCCAUAUGUGAAGGCCUCGCUGAUUUGUGAUGGGCGCAGGCUGAAAAAGAGGAAGACCUCCAUUAAAAAGAACACACUGAAUCCGACCUACAAUGAAGCACUGGUCUUUGACAUUCCAAAUGAAAACAUAGAGAAUGUUAGUGUGAUCAUCGCAGUUAUGGAUUAUGACUGUAUCGGGCAUAAUGAGGUCAUCGGGAUGUGUCGCGUGGGUAGCGACGCAGAAGGACCUGGAAGAGAGCACUGGACGGCCAUGUUGGCGAACCCCCGCAAGCCCAUUGAGCACUGGCACCAGUUGGUUGAGGAGAAGGCCAUGACCACAUUUGUGUCAAAGAGUGCCGCAGCUUCCCCUAAGCCUCACAUUGUGGUGGAUAGCCCUCACUCUGAAUAGUCCUGUCAGCAUUAUCUCUCAAGAUUCCAGACUUUCAUUCUUUCUCUCAUCAUCUGUGAAUAGUUCUCUCCAUCAAAGAAAGAAAGAAAGAAAGAAAGAACAAAAGAAAGGGAGAAGAAGCACUACUGCUAGUGCUGUUCGGAUGCUACUGACAAAGCCUGAGACAGACACACCGCCACCAUGCAGAGAUGUCACAAUGUUAACUGGACACUGAAGGCACUCUCUCAAUUGCAUAGUGUACACACACACACAUACACACACACACACACAUACAAAAUUCAACUCUCAUGCACACAUGCGUGCAUAAGCAGACACAUACUGUACACUCUCCACAUAGAGUAUACAUGCUCUCUCUCUCUCUCUGCUGUCUUUUCUCUCUCUCUCUCUCACACACACACACACAUACACACACACACAGUAAUGAGGAGCUGUUUGACUGGUCAAUAUUGAUCAGUAUGAUCAGUAUUUGUGACAAUGAUUUGCAACCUCCUGUAUUAAAAAAAUGGUUCCAUUAUUUUGUUCCUUGACACUGGGCAUACGAAUUGACAUUGUUGGAUCUUAAAUAUGUCAGUGUGUGGAUGUAUCUAACUGUGUGUAUUAAGGGGAGGGUCUUAAAAAAAUCUCUGUAGUGUUCUUUUCAGUGUGACAUAUGCUGUGUACAUGGAGAAAGACUUUGGAUGCCUUGAAUUUCUCGUCUGAAAAAUCCAGGACUUUGUUGCAUAUUUCUCUCGAGAGAACAAACUGUCGUUACUGUCUUGAUUUGUGUCGGAGAAGCUGGAGGACAAGGAUGGAUCCUUUGGCCAAAGCAUGUGGUGCGACAUCGAAACGUGUCCCUCUGCCUCAUACAAGUCGAUCAUCUUUUUUCUUGGAGUUCAUCGAGAUUUUACGUCCAGGUUUUAUUUUUAUAUGAGUUGAUUAAUUUGGGAUUAUUUGUAUAAAUGAUUAUCAUCGUAGAGCCAUACUUGAUUAUUUAUUUAAAUUUAUUUGGUUAAAGGAUCAUCACAGAAGGGAGUUCUUCACCCAAGGGACAUGGAGCAGGUUGAGUGCGCCAUGGAAACACACACUGCCCUCUCUCAUUGGCCACCCUGACAGACUCAAUCCCCUGGAGAACUUUCUAGAAGAACUCAGAUUGAACAAAAAAAAUAUAAUAUAUAUAUAAAUAUAUAUGAACCGCCAGAGGACCCUAUCUAGGACGGACCUGCUUGGUUUUGUCUGCACUUACUGAGAACCCAUCCUUCAGGGGGAGGAUGUUCACCAUAUUACUUUAUUUUUGUACCAUCCCAGGUUUUUCCGUUCUCUUUGUCGUCGUAGGUUCUCUCAGAGACAUCUUUUCUUUUUUUGACUUUAAAAAAAAUGGAGGAAGUGUCUGCUCACUCUAUCACCUCUGCGAUGGGACAAGGACGCCGCUGUGUCGCUUUUUUUUUCUUUCCGUGUUAACCUACGUGUUCGUGGGUGUGUGCUUUACUUUUUUUGUAAUUGAUAUGCGUUCGUGUGUGCGUGUACGUAUGCCUGUGCGUGUCUGUGUGUGUCACUGUGACCUUGUGUAUGACACGUUUCUGCCGCCGAUGCAAACCCCCCCCCCCCCCAUCUAAUUCCCUCCCUCUUUCCCCUCAUGUAUCCCCUCUCUCAAUCACCAGACCUUUCCUCUGACUCCAGAAAAAAACACAAAAACAAACAAACCUUGUGUCUUCUGUCCCGUGUCUUAGACAAAUAUUUUUUUUUCCGUGUACGGUCUGUUGCACUUGGUAGAGAGUGGGGAGGAUUCAUGUUUUUGUCCCCCACCCUGUGAUGCACAGUACGGAUGUACAACCACAGACAUUAGAGUGUGCCGUCUAUGUUGUUUCCCUCUAAUCAGCUGUCGUAUUUGCUCAAAAGUGCCCCCUUCUCCAGCCUGGUCAGUGUUACUGUGUAGGGUGUUUAGUUCUCUCCGCAUAGAUAUGUUCCGUUUGUCCAAAGGUGACGGAGAAGGAUGGGGGUUACCCUGUAGGUCACGGCGUUCAAGGAAUUAAGAAGGCAGAUGCGUUUUUUGGGGUGAAACUUGAGGGGGAACGAUUCCACACAAAAAAAAAACAUAGCAACUACAGCUUGAUCUGCAAGAGAGCCAAUAUGAGCAAGGCCGAGUGUGACGGGCUUUUAGGUCAAACAACAGCCAGAACUGGGGGUUGCCAGCAUCAACAUCCUCCUCCUCCUUCCUUUGCUAUGAGGGUGGAGAAGAGAAAAAAAAUAAAAAAGUGAGCUCCUGUCCCUGCAUGUUCUGUGUCGCCUACCGAACUGCCACCUCAGGCAAGCGCUGUCAGCAGCCUAGAGUCUAGCGUACUCUCUCAGUCAGUAACACAACUACAGCUUCAGAAGCACCACUGUGAUCCUUAAUCAUAUGGACCUUGCACUUAAAUGAGUAGGAUUAGUAUCAGUGCUGUUGCCUCUAUGGCCACCCCCAUACAGCCUCUCAAAGCUUAUUUUUACUACCAGUGCCAUUAACACCAGCCGCUAGACUUUGCGGCCACUAUUGCCCCUAACGGACAUUACUUCUGCACAGCUAGUCUUCCCUCUACACCCUGGCGUUCAUAUCCUGAAAAGCACUGUUGGCCGUUUGAGCAGAUGUUCUGCGGCCAUGUGUGGAACUCCGCUCACAAUCCCCCCUCCCCAACCCCAGUGGAUCCAGUGACCGCUCCGCUCUGUGGCAUCGUGCUCGUCGUCUGUCCAAUUCGCAUGCAGAAGUUCUGCGGCACUCUUGGCACGCUGUCCCCCGUAUGUGGGUAUGUGUCGUACAUUUGCUGUUGUGGGAAAAACGAGAGCUCCAUCGAUUCCCGAGCUUCGUCUCCGUCUCUUUGUCCUCUUGUCUGUUUUUGCAGUACUGUCUUGCUGCUCAAUGGUGUUGUGAACGUUUUUUUUAAUUAUUUUGUUUAUUGUUUUUUGGUUCUUCCACGUGCUUAUUUAUUUGUGUGUUUGCUUUGCCUGCGUCUGUUCUGCAGCACUGACACCCAGACCCGUGGGUCACGCUGUAGCCAUAGAUUUUCUCUCUCUCAGUGCAACUUGUUAGUGUGCUUCCCCUCCGCACCUUCCAUGCCCCUCUCUCUUUCUCUUUCUCUCUUUUUUUUUUAACAUUUUUCUCCUUUCACAUUUUCACUUCACUGCUCUCAGUGAUGACCGGUCAUCUUUUAAAACUGGGUCUAACAUCACAAUUCUUAUGGCUCCCUCACUUUUCUUCAACCAUUACCUUCUGCUCUCUCUUUUUCUCUCACUCUUUAUUCUGUCUUUCUCUCUCUCUCUCUCUCUCUGUCACUGGCUGUGCCCCAUUUUUGUCUGCUUGCAUCGAGAUACAAGCCACCCACUCUCUCUCUCUCUCUCUCUCUUUCUCUAUCCGUCUCUCUCUCCACUCUCUCUCUCUCUCUUUCUCUAUCCGUCUCUCUCUCCCUCUCUCUCUCUCUCUCUCUUUCU